CAAACUGUUUAAAAAUUUUAUGCCCAUCAACUGUUUCAAUACAUGAUUUUUAUAUUUAUAAUAAACUUGUUAAGCAAUGGAGGCGAACAAUUUUAUAUCAAAGUUAAAGGCGUGUGGUGCCAAAAGUGAUAUUUGUGAGUUGAAAGAGGCUUUACAGACGUUUAAAGUAAUUUUAGUUAAAUUGCCUGAAAAGGAUAAGUCGUCCUUUAGUUUGAAUGUUUUAUGUUCAUUGUGCAGAAAUCUCGAGAAGGUACCGACAUGGCGUGCCUCGAUCAACAACACAGAUCUCAUAACAUUCAGUAUAGAAUGUGUCCGGCACACACAGAACAUGCAAAUAUCAGAUCAGGUCAGAACACUGGCCUGCAUCUUCCACACACACAGACACGUAAUUAAACAGAGUUCCAACAUACCUCCGGAAUUGAUUCUCAAACUGUCAUUCUUGCCGUUUGAAUGCGACGAAGACAGUCUUCUGUCGGAUUAUCACAAAACCUAUUGGAGCAUCCUCGCAGACAGAUUGACUUACAUGGAGAAACUCAAAUCUCUCAAGCUGCCGAUUAUAAAGCUAUUGCCAAAGUUCACAGACGAUGUAAUCAAAGUCAUAAAAAUAUAUGACACCGUCCAAUUCUGUGCCAACUUGCUAACGUUUCUCGUUAAAAAACUACACUGUGUGUACAACGAUGUCGGGAUCAACGGGUCAUUUGAAAAGAUAUUUGAAUGCAUAGCUAAGAAGGACCUAAAACAAUUCAAGUUGUUGCAAGACAAGGAUAUAAUUGAUAUAUAUGUGAAAUUCAACGACUGCUUGUACGUUAUAGCUGAAAGUGGACUACGUUGUAACGAUUCUGUGUUUGAAAAUGUAUCAAGAAUAAUCAUAACGAUAUUAGGACAUCGACCAGACAUGUUUCACUGUAUGCAAAUGCUGUACCCAAACGCAUUCUGCUGUAUCUUCAGAGAUAAAACUAAUGUGAAUUUAAUAGACAACAUCCUGAACUGCUUACUGACAUCCUGUCAAAUUACCGAGAAAUUGGGCUACAAACAGACAGUCAACGCCAGCUAUCCAUACCUAAGCCAACUCCUGAGACUUUAUGUAGAGAAUAUUCUUAGUAACAAAGAAUUAAGUAAAAGUUUCAACGAGGCUAUACAAGAGAAAUGUCUCAAAUUAAUACUAUUUCUACUAACAAAACUGCGUAAUACGAACCAGAUGUUAAGGUGUGAGAACUGUCCCGUAAGAUCGGGCUUACAUGACGCUUUAAGACUGACGUUCCACAUCAAAAACUUCGUUACCGCGUCUACGAACAACGAGACUGACAUCAAAAAUAUUCUGCCGCUGUACAUAGAUGUUAUAAAACAGCAGUAUAUAAUAUUGGAGGAACUGAAUUGUUUAGGCUGUGGCAAUUACACGAAAUGCCUGAACAAACUGCAGACGGACACACACAAUACAGCGAUAGUGUUCAAUAAAUCGAAGUACUAUGAGGAAUCGAUAGAAUUAUUCGAUAUUUACCUCAAAAACGAGUUUAGAGGCAUCUCAAGUGACGUCCAAAUGAAGAAUAUGAGUCGAGCGCUGUACAAUAAGAGUAUUUGUCAGCUAGAUUUCACAUUGUACGAGGAUUCCUUGAAAAAUGCCUAUUUGAGUCUCAUCUUCUCGUUGCCCCACUCGGUCGGUAAUGAGAAGUAUAUGAGUCUGGUCAUGGACAUCAAAGCGAAGGCGUCCAAACAGGAAACGGAUGUGCAGACGUGGUCGGUGCUGGAUGUGUGUAAACAUGUUGUGAAUGAAAAUCCUUACGGGGACCUGGGAUCUCUGGUUAAGAAUUUGGAGUUCAGUGACCUCCUGAAACUGGAGUUCUCAAUGUAUGUGAAGCUGUGGCCGUCCAUACCUCCCAUAGCUGGCGUGUGGAACUCUCUAUAUGAUAUGACCAAGGGUGAUGAGGAUUGCAUCAUGAAGGAAAAUCCGGAUAAAAUCUUGUGGACUCUCUAUGAGAUUGUUAUGGCAACAUCGGCAGCUGUUAGGACAAUACACAACGAGACAUACAAACAUAUUGUGUAUAGAUUGAUAGAGGGAUUGCAAGGAAAACCGGAGAAGUCGCCAAAGGAGAAGCUCGUGUAUGCUGCUCUCCUCAGUUUGAAGUCCGAGUAUGAAAUGACAGAGGCCGGCUUGAAGUAUGGCUGGAAGGGAAGAGAGAUGGAUGCUGACGCCCCCAGCACGAGGUGUAUACUGCACGAGCGAGAGGUGCUCCACAGCGCUAGAAUGGCUGUGAGGGAGAUGGCUGACGUCACCGGGGACUCUUUUGGAGAUAUGCUGGGGCCCUGCCUGCGAGUGAUCUCGCUACUCGUUCCGGAGAUGUUUCACCUCAGCGAUGACGUGCACGCGUUGCAGCUAGCGGCUCUGUGUUGUGAUCUCGCGCUUAAAAUAAAUGAGAGGGAAAUAUUCAUUCGUAACGCUGGCUACCUUGUACACAAAUCAGAUGGACAAACGGAUUUGCAAAAUCUCAUAGAGAAAGCCGCUGAAUAUUGUAAGGAGAUGGUCGACGACCCGCAGAACAUGGACAUAGCUUUGAAUUUCAUGUGCGAAGUCGCGAUUUAUCACAUAAAAUUGGGUAAUUUGUCCAUAAGUGGCAAGCUGGUACAAGCUGUGCAAGUUAAAAUGUUAAUGGCGUACGAAAUUAAUAAGGAAAUAGAUUUGGAUCUAUCAUUGGGGCGUCUGAUGGAAGCUCAGGCUCAGUUGUGCUCAGUCCUGAGCACGGACUGUCCGAGCGUGCUCAGCGAACUCAACUCUGUUCAUAGACAUUACUUAUCUAUGGCUAGCAGCGAUAAUCGCUGGUGUUUCCGCCGUAACACGUCAUUGGUGAUAAAGCUGAGAGUGUCCACUUCUGGUGCUCGUUGUGUGAGCUUGGCCCGCGCGCUCCGAGCCGUUAGGAGAGCCCGAGCGGCUGCCGCGGUGGCUUCUAGGACGGGAGCCGCUAGGGCUGCGAGGAUACUGGCUCAAGUUAUGACGGGGGGCGAAGGCCUGCAGGUGAAAAUCGACAACACUCUAAAAUUCAUUCUCGGUAUACAAUCUGAUGCUACGGAACCAAAUCAUGCAAUGAUGACCAAACAGCAUCACUUCACACCAAAAACGACAAAUUUGGAAGCUAUGAGGGAUUGUAUGCUGAAAAAGAUCCAGGCCAGUCCUACCCUACCUUGCACGACGAUCCCGGUCUUCCAAAUCCCGGAGUUCCUGAACCAUGCAUGCACGUGCAGCUGCCAUGCAUGCGAACUGCCGGCGUGCAUAAUCAUCGCAUGCCAGAUAUGCUUCCUAGAGGCGUCCGCGUACUUCAGAGCCAAAGAAAACGAAAUAGCCAGGAACUACUUCAAUGGAGCCCUGAAUGCUUUUGAGAUAGCUGAAGUGAAAUUGAAAAAGGCUUUCGAAGUUUACAAAAGGGAUUUAAGAGCUGCCAUUGUGGAUACCGAGAGACGAGACGUCGAGCGAGACUUUAAACAAGUUCAGAUAGAGUUCUAUGUUGAAUUGUCGUAUUUUGAGCUCAGUCAAGGCGAUUUUGAGACCUCUGACGAAUACGUCCUUAAGAUUCACGAAAUUAUGUCGGAUAUGAGGGACCUCGAUCCUUAUCUGAGGAACGAAGUGUACAAUUUAAUGAUAGCGUCAGCACAGAUCAGGAAAAAUCUCAGAAAACCCAAAGAAAUCGGCCUGGAGGCGGAGUUGGAGAAUCUGAAACUCAGUCCCGACAAGGACGUGGAGUUACAGAAGACGCCGGAAGCGAAAGCAACCGUCCCGAAGAUAGGAACAGUGAGGGUAGUUAAGGACGAGGAAAUACCAAAGAGACGGAAGGUCAUCAAACUUAACUUGGACGAAGCCAGCGAGGAGAGUAAUGAAGAAAGAACAACUAGGAGCAAAACCAUAAAGCCGCAGUUCAAAAUACCGGUCCCGGUGACUGCGAGACCCGUGUUAGAGACCAUCACACCCAGAGCGACCAGGUCUAGACCGGAAAUAAUCAUACAACAACCAUCUCUAGACCACACAGACAUCAAAAUCUUCACCCCCAAGACCUCGAACACCAACGAGUUCUUCACCCCCCGCGAGUCGACCCCAGCCGAACAGUUCUUCACACCACAGACAUCAAUAAAGACUUACUCCAGACGAAUCAUAAAAAAUCUGGACAAGGAAUUUUCAACGCCCAAAGGAAAGGAGAAUUCACAAGAUAAUGUGGGGAAGAAAGUUGACACUGGUUCCGUAAAAGUAUUGAGAGACAAAAGGGUAUUGAGACGAGCGACCAGUCCGGGGAAAUUGGUUCAGAAAACCGAGUCUAGACCGAGAAGGAUAAGGCAGCCAGUUAUAGACUAAUGAAGUAUAACGAGAAGAAGAAGUAAAGGUCUUCAGUACUAAGUUAAUGUAUGAUUAUUCAAAGUAUUGCGUCUUUAAUAUUGGCUCAACUAAAAAAUUAUGUCUGUAUUAAAUGUCAGAGCAUC